AUGAAUCAAGAAAAGUUAGCCAAACUUCAAGCUCAGGUCCGGAUAGGGGGCAAGGGGAUAGCUUGCAGGAAGAAGAAGGUGGUACAUAGGACAGCUACUGCUGAUGACAAAAAGCUUCAAAGUUCACUAAAGAAACUGGCCGUGAACAAUAUAGCUGGUAUUGAAGAGUAUUGGAUAGUAAAGCACCCAAACCAGAAGACAUUGAUGAAGAGGAUGAUGAUGUUCCAGAUCCUGUAG